AUGGAGGAGGAAGAGAACAACCAGCUGGCCUUCCUGGAUGUCCUCGUAUGCCGCAAGGAUUGUGGUGGACUAGAGACCAAAGUGUUCAGGAAAGCGACAAAUACGAUGCAAGUACUGAACUUCAACAGUUACCACCCAAUCAGCCACAAACGCAGUUGUGUAAGGACGCUCUAUCGGCGUGUCGAAACGCACUGCAGUGAGCCGGAAGACAAAAUUGCUGAACUACAAUACCUCCGACGGGUCUUCAAAGCCAAUGGCUACCCGCGCAACUUCGUCGACCGGUGCAUACGCAAAAGGGACGAAAGGCCUAACCGCACGGAAACCAAGUCUUGGCGGGAACUUCCGUAUGUCAAGAACGUUUCGGAAGCUGUCGGCCGCCUUCUCGCACCACUUGGGGUUGGAGUGGCACACAGACCGGAGGCAACCAUCAGGCGUCUGAUCAUGAAACCGGAAGAUCCACUGCCACAUCUGGAGUCGUUUAUCGAAGUUGGUGCAGUUGCGGACAAAGCAACUUCGUCGGAGAAACCGGAAGACAACUCCAAAAGCGAAUGGCCGAACACGCUGCUGCGGCGCGGAGAAAUGACGCCAGCUCUCAAGUUGCGGCUCAUUCGACGGAUUUCGGCCGCACAUCCAAAUUUGACGAGGCCGAAAUUCUCGCAAGAGGUGACAACCGCGUGA